AUGGCCGUUCUUGCGUGUCGCAGCCUCGACGCCUUCUUGAUGACCUUCUUUGUCGCUGCGAGAAACGGCGGCGUCGGAAACCGAAGGAAGGUGCGCGUCGGUGACGGAGUCGUGGCCGCGGCCAAGGGCGCUGCAGGCGUGGACGUCGAGGAUGGAGUCGAGGUCGGAGCUGAUGCAGGGACGCGACCCGAGGGCGCUGCCGGCGUGGGCGGCGCAGCUGCUGUCGUGACCGUCGUCGUCGGGGCGGAGGAGGAACUGGUAUUGUUUCUGACGGAAUUCAUUAAGGAUCACUGUUCUGGUGAUGGCAUAAACUCUGAUAAGAAAUUCAAGAAAAGAAGGCGUGUAAAAGAAGAUGAAAAUUUGUCUACUGGUAAACCUUCAAAGAAAAAGAAACGAGAAGGUGAAGAGGAAGCAGACGAGAGCAAGGGUGUGGAGGAUAGAGGAAAACAUUCUGACUGUGAUUUGAUGGACAACAAAUAUUCAUGUGCUGAUAGUAAGAAUGGAUUCCCAAAUGAACAGACCAACUUUGAGCCUUCUGAGAGGAUAAAUGACUCUGUGUCAGAGAAUUUAGAUGGAGCAUCACUCAGUGAAGAGCCAAUUCCUACAGAUGAACAAGUAAUAAUAACCACACCACCUACAAAGUUUGUUACAGCUGCUGCGGGUGACAGUACUGACGUGAAGGCUUUAAAAAGGAAAAUGUCUUAUAUGACCAAGAAAAAGAAACUCCUAAGGAAGAUUGCAAAGUCAAAUUAUGUGGUUAGAGUAAAAGAGCUUGUACAAAUCAAGAACAUUCAAAUGUAUGAAAAAAUUCAAGUGCAUGGCCUGGAAAGUAAACAGGAGUCUAAAGGAGACACAAAACCUCGAAAACAGGCAAUCAAACCAAGUAAGGAUGAGCUGAGGGAAGCUGUCUUUCUUAUCUUGGAUACCGCGGACUUUGCCACGGAGCUCUUUAGGCUAGCAGACGAAGCAGAGAAGAAGGAAUUGGAAGAGCCGGAAGUAGCUGAGGCGAAGGCUAGAGCUGAGCAAGCUGCCACAGAGAUGGCACAAGUUCAAACAGUUGAAUCGGGUACCAACAAGCAAAAUGUACUUCAAGCUGGUCGAGAUAGCAACACUAAAGACAGUCUAAUGAAUGCAAAUGACAGUACUAACAAAAUAAGUAUCGAUGGUGGGGCUUCUGUGGAGUCUGCUUUCAAGAGAAACAGGCAUUAUGCUGCUGAAGGUUCAGAAGGCCACAAAGCUGACACUGAUACAACGAAUAAAAACAUAACUAAGGAUGGCAAUGGUGAAAAGGUUGCACUUGCACCCAUUGCAAACAGUUAUUGUACCUCACAACUACAAGAUUCAAGCAAUGUCGAAGUUAAGAUGAUGAAGAACAAUGUUGAAACCCUAGAAGGAAAUGGAGAAAACAAUGACACUGAAGAUGGUGGAAAUGAAGGAAGCAGGAGUGGGAAUGUUGGUAGCAAUGCAGAAGCUGAAGAGUCUUACAAUCAUGGAAAUAAUGAGUGCGUAGAACACACUGGAGAUGACAAAGCUCACGAAGCUAACCAUAAUGAGAACAGUGCAAAUGUAGAAAUCCAUGGUGAUGGAGACGGCGAAGCAAAAGAAGGCGAUAUAAAUGUGGAACAGAGUCAAGCAGACGGUGUCAGCAAUAGUAAAGCUGAAGAUGCUGAGCACAAUGAAAACACCAAAGUUGAUGAUGCCAAUUCAAGCGAGAAUGGUACUGCCGAGAAUGGAAAGACUGAUGUUGAUGUGAAAGGCAACAGCGAUGGCACAGCUGAAGGAGGCCCAGCGUGA